ACCAACGGUCGACAAACCGCCGUCGUGGCUCCUGACGUUGGAUUCCUGACAUUCUACGCUGACGUGACGCCCCGCCCCUCCCGCCGUCAACAACUGGAUCCCAGCUAUUUGUAUUUCUGUUAGCCUGCUAACGAUGAUUCACUGCGCUCGGUAAAAAAAAGAAAAGAAAAAAAACGAGCUGGCCGAUUUGAAUGGGCGUUUUUUUUCUCCGUCGACAGCUUGCGCCGAUGUGCAAAAAGCCAAUGCCAGCGAAAGGACCGACGCGAGCGGAGAGAUAGCCUUGCAGUGUGCCGUCCCUUUAGCCACCGCCGCCGCCGCCUCUGAGAGCAGCUAACGCCGCUAACAUCUUUACGUUAGCUGGCUGGCUGGCUGGCUGACAGCUGGCUCGGUUAGCUACGUGCCUUUUUUUAAACAGUAACGUAGCCGAGAUUCACUCCCUGAAACAAUGAAGUGUCUCUGACAUUGAGCGGACUGAGGCCCAGUUGGUUGUCACAUUGGAGUAACCAGAGUCCAUAAACUAGCGAGGUGUGUGGAGAUAAGCGGGUGAGCCGUAAAUCAACUUGCAGAUGCACCCCUGGUUCUGACCUGCCAAAGCUGCCAAUAUGAUGCCGAUGAUAUUGACGGUGUACCUCAGUGACGGGGAACAGGCUGUGACUGAGGUGCCCAUCACGCCCGAGACGACGUGCCGGGAUGUCGUCGAGUUCUGCAAAGAGCCCGGCGAGAGUGGCUGCCACCUGGCUGAGGUCUGGCGAGGCAACGAGCGAGCGAUCCCCUUCGAACACAUGAUGUACGAACAUCUGCAGAAAUGGGGGCCUCGGAAACAAGAAGUCAAGUUCUUCCUCCGGCAUGAAGAUUCACCAACUGAGAGCAGCGAUCAAGGGAGUCAGCAGUCUCAGGAUCAGACGAGUCGCAGAAGUGGAAACGCUGGAGAGAAGCACAAUGAGAACGGGGUGGGGAAUCAGCGUGUGGAGCUCACGCUGUCAGAGCUGCAGGAGAUGGCCACGCGGCAGCAGCAGCAAAUCGAGGCUCAGCAGCAGAUGCUCGUCGCAAAGGAGCAACGUUUGCGUUACCUGAAGCAGCAGGAGCGACGUCAGCAGCAAACCGUUUCAGAGAGCGAGAAGCUGCAGAGGCUGAAGGAUCGCGUUGAAAACCAAGAGGCAAAGCUCAAGAAGAUUCGGGCAAUGAGAGGCCAGGUGGACUACAGCAAGGUCAUCAAUGGCAACCUCUCGGCAGAGAUCGAGCAAGUUAGCGGCCUGUUUCAAGAGAAGCAGGCCGAGCUACAGUCUGCCGUGCUGAGGGUGGAGCAGCUCAGCCUGCAGCUGGAGGACCUGCGGAGGGGAAAGCUCAAUGGCAUACAGACCACCCUGGGUGGCCAAGUAACCGGCGCUGCAGCCCUCGAGCUCCGUAAACUUUACCAGGAGCUUCAGAUCAGGAACAAGUUGAACCAGGAGCAAAACAGCAAGCUGCAGCAACAGAAGGAGCUUCUGAACAAACGCAACAUGGAAGUCACGCUCAUGGACAAGCGCAUCAGCGAGCUGCGGGAACGCCUCUACAAGAAAAAAGCUGAGGCACGUCAAAAAGAGAACCUUCCUCUGAACAGAGCCAACGGGCCUCCCUCUCCCCAGCCAGCCUCUGGUACUCUGGGCCGCGUCGCUGCUGUUGGGCCGUACAUACAAGUCCCGGUACCGGGCCGACAAGAAGGAGGCUACAACAUACCACCUGAUCCACUGAAACCUCAGACUCUGGGUGUUAAUAACCAAGCCAACCAUGGCCGCAUCAAGUCAGAUGGUGUGCGAAAGCCUCCCGGCCCUUGGAAGGUGUCUGAUUUAGACAUCGUUGUGGACCCGGUACCCCCGUCCCUUCCAGAAUCACACCCGGGCACCGGAGCCUCCGCUGGCUCUGACGGCACGUCCCCCAAUGAUACUGGUUGGCCUACUGUAGGCAAGACCAGCACAUCAUCUCUAAAGCCUCCUGAGAGACGAGACUCAGGGACUGAUACCCAGGGCAAGAGCCCUCCCUCAGGCUCCCCCGUCGCUCCAAGUGCAGAAAAGGUGCUAGAACCCAAAAUGGCCGUGUCCUCCCCUGCCAUAUCCAAACCACAGCCGCCUCCCUAUGGCUCUCACUUCACCUCCGCAAACUCGGCCAGCUCCCUGGAGCGCCGCAAGGAUCAGCCUCCUCCUCCUCGCCCACUCCCGAACCCUCCAACUCCUGCUUGGCCCCGCGUCCCCCCCGCCACAGGCUCGUCCUCCCAGCAGAUCCAGCAGAGAAUCUCAGUGCCGCCAAGCCCCACCUUCCAGCCUAACGUACCGCUUUUCCCCCCUGGUCUGAGCGAGCGACUGGAUCCCCCACCAGCUGUGGCAGUGCGCCCCUUCAUCCCAGACAGAGGAUCACGGCCUCAGUCGCCUCGAAAGGGCCCGCCUACCAUGAACUCCAGCUCCAUUUAUCACAUGUACCUCCAGCAGGCAGCGCCAAAGAGCCAGCCACUCAAGCCUGCUCUCAAAGCAGUAUACGGGAAGCCUGUUCUUCCCUCCAGCUCGACACCCCCCUCGCCCCUGCCUUUUGUCCAGGCGGGAGGGGCCUUCCCAUUGCUCCAAGGCCAGCACAGUGGUGAGGACACUUUUGACGGAGAAUUUGACGAUCACGAGUUCUUCCAGCACCCGGAGCCUUUGGCGCCUCCUCCCAGCGUGGAGAACAUCCCACGACCACUCAGCCCUACUAAGCUAACGCCCAUGGUACACUCCCCGCUGCGCUACCAAAGUGACGCCGAUCUCGAGGUGCUCCGUAAAAAGCUGGCCAACGCUCCGAGACCGCUCAAGAAACGCAGCUCCAUCACAGAACCAGAGGGCCCCAGUGGACCCAACAUCCAGAAACUGCUCUACCAGAGAUUCAACACUUUAGCAGGAGGCAUAGAGGGAGGCAACGGAUCAGGAAGUGGCAACGGUGCCGGUAACGGGACACCGUUUUAUCAGCCGGCGAAUCCUCCUGGAUAUCUGGGAGGCGACUCUGUGGCUGAUACAGACAAUGGCAACCUCCCGUCUGAGACGGCACUGCCGCCACCACCAGGGGCGGAGGAGCCGGGCUCUGAGGCUCAGCCUCCAUCUACUGACGCCAACGACAAUGAGCCACUAGCCUCGCCACCAGAAGGUCUGGGGGAUCCCGCUGAAGCAGAAGGAGCAGAGGACGAUGAUGACGACAACAACAACAACGUGGGAGGCUCUGAGGCAUUGCUGCCCAGCCCCGUGCCGGAGGUCACCACCCCAGAAGAGAGUGGAACAGUGGUCUCACAGCCCCUGGAGAAGCGCACAAACCUGAAGAAGCCAAACUCUGAGCGCACUGGUCACGGCUUCAGGGUGAAGUUCAACCCUCUGGCUCUCUUGCUGGACGCCUCGUUGGAGGGAGAGUUUGACCUCGUCCAGAGGAUCAUCUACGAGGUAUGUCAUGACAGCGUGGAGAACCCGAGCACUCCCAAUGACGAGGGCAUCACACCCCUGCACAAUGCAGUGUGUGCGGGGCAUCACCACAUAGUCAAGUUCCUGCUGGAUUUCGGCGUGAACGUCAACGCCGCAGACAGCGACGGAUGGACUCCGCUUCACUGCGCCGCCUCCUGCAACAGUGUUCAUCUCUGCAAGUUGUUGGUCGAGUCGGGGGCCGCUAUCUUUGCCAGCACCAUCAGUGACGUGGAGACUGCUGCAGAUAAAUGCGAGGAAAUGGAGGAGGGUUACAUCCAGUGCUCCCAGUUUCUGUACGGUGUUCAGGAGAAGUUGGGUGUAAUGAACAAGGGGACGGUGUACGCUCUGUGGGAUUACAAAGCUCAGAACCCGGACGAACUGGCCUUCAGCGAAGGAGACGCCAUCACUAUUCUGCGACGACAGGACGACAGUGAAACAGAUUGGUGGUGGGCACGACUUGAAGACAACGAGGGCUACGUGCCCCGCAACCUGCUGGGGCUCUAUCCAAGGAUCAAGCCUCGUCAGCGCUCCCUGGCGUAGUGUCUCACUCCACUGACCUCUGGCUAACAGCUGGACUCGUGACAAAACCAAGAGCAGAGAACAAAUGAGCCUGGCGCUCUGUCUUCUCCCCGUGGCCAUAACCUCUCCUCCUUCGGCCUCGUGCUUCUCACAAAAAUCUGAAGCAGUGGGCACCGAACUCUGACACACACACACAUUUACAUCUGCACACAUGUAGACACACAAUGAAACACAAGCACUCCAAAUGCGAAAAUCUCUUAAACCACUCCAUCCUGAGCCCCUUCUCCACCACCACACACACACACACACACACACACACACACACACACACACACACACACACACACACCCCUUCAACCUAUUGCUGUGUCAUUGUCCCGACUUGAUUUUACCCUGAUUCAGUGUCAGCUCUGUAUCAAACAUCAACUUGAAGAAUAAAACACUAACCCUUGUCUCAGUAUUUCUUGCAGUGUUCACACUUCUUCAGCCAUCCACCUAACACGUUACAUGGUGGCACUGGUUUACGUGACACUAAAUGGUGACUGGAUCUCUCUAAUGGUGAGAAGUUGCUGAUUUUUGUCAGUGAAAUGUAAUUUGAGUUAUGAGACGAUGUUUUGCUGUAGUCUAACCACCAAAGAUGAAUAUAGAUUUAACAGGUUUAAUUCUCUUACUCCGUAAGAGCUCGCAGAAUUGUUGAGGAGUGAUGAAUUGAUUUGCUGCUAUCAGGAAUAAUUAACAGCUCUCAGGAGUUUAGAAAUUGCCACAGAGCAGAAAAUGGAUUUAAGAGCGGAAAAUAGUUUCAACUACACAGGCCACUCAGAGUAAAUCCAGUUUAUUAAAGUGAAGAUUAAUAUAGAUUAACGGCCCACAAAUUAACGGCUCACAACGAUUGUGGACGUGUGGCAAGAACAUUUAACUUUUAAUCACCUCUAAAUUAUAAGCGAGGCUUCUGGCAAUAAUCUGUGAGAUUUCAAGAUGUAUCAGAAGUAUCAGAGUUUGUAUUUUUGGUAGUCUGAUUAUCCCUGAAACGAGCAGUUCAUAUGCUGCAAAAGAUACUGAUGAUAAACAGUGUUUUGCUUUACCAAAAAAAAAGAAAGAAAAAGUUGCCAAAUUGAGGAUCAUCUGUAGAGUGUCACACGUGUAAAAGGUUUUGCAGGAGUUAAGAGCUGGGAACAAGUUGUUUUUUAUAGUGUUUAAUUCCACAGUGGCGUGGUGAGGCGAGAAUCGGCUCCACAGAGACACAAAGAUUUCAGUUCUUGAUGAUGUGAUUGUGUCGGUUUUUCUCUUUUCUUGAUUAAUUUACGUAAUGUCUACUGUUUUUUUUUUUUAAUUAGUCCAUAAGUUGUAUCUCAUUUCAAGAAUCCAUUGUUUUUUCUGACUGGCACCUUGUUGUGAUUAAACUUGACAUCAUGACAGGAAGCAGUAUCUGUACCUGACAUGGAGAACUCUCACAAACACUGCAGCUCAUAUAAAAAACACUGAAAUCACCACCCGGGCUAUCUUAUGAACUUUGUUUAUCCCACAAGACAAAGUUAAUACUCAGUUAUAACAACCUAUUUUCUUUUGUUCCAUGUCAUUUAACAUUGCAGUUAUUUUACUGUGGCUCCACUUGAAAUACUUCUCAGGACCAACACGGUGCUGCUGACACUGUUCCACUAAACUAGUGAUCAUGUUUCUUCACUCUCAGCAAACAUCACCUUCAUUUGAGCAGCGAACCAAACAAAAGAGAGACUCUCCAAAAUAAUUAAAAACUAUCAGUCAUGGGCAUGAAUUAAUGAUUU